CUUUACUGGAUUUUUGUUAAAAACAAAUAUCUAGUGGAUUUGAAUGUUGACCCAACAAAUGUCAGGUUAGUUCAUUAUCUUGACAGUCGCCCGCGAACCGAGAGAGUGCAAAGUAGCUUGGCAUGGCGACAUCAAUGGCAUCGAUCUCUCUUUCAUUCUCUUCUUCUCUCCUUCCCUUUUCUCUGUCUCGGGCUGAGCAGAAGAGCAAGCGACUAACUACCAAACCCAGAAACUGUAGUCUCAUUCGAUGCGCAUUGACUGCUUCUCCUUCAUCUUCCGCUACUGCCAAGAAGAGACACUGGAAGCAAGGUGAACACCCUGGAGUAUCUGAGUCUUUCUCCUCUGGAACUUCCCGCAAAACACCCAUUAAGAAUGUCAAGAAGAAAGUGGACCGCAAAGCCAAAGCCAAGGCCUGGACCAACACCGUCACUGAAACCUUGUCUGAUUGCAUCCUCAACAAGCAAUGGCUCCGAGCCCUUCAGGUACUUGAGAUGCUUAGAGAGCAGCCCUUUUAUCAACCUAAAGAAGGGACUUAUGUGAAGCUCCUUGUUCUUCUUGGAAAAUCUGGGCAACCCCACCGUGCCCGUCAGCUAUUCGACGAAAUGAUUGAAGAAGGAUUGGAACCCACUCUUGAACUUUACACUUCCUUGCUUGCAGCUUUUUGUAGAAACAAUCUCCUUGAUGAUGCCUUUUCAAUUCUUAUCCAGAUGAAAGCCCUCCCUCAUUGCCAGCCAGAUGUUUUCACCUAUAGCACUUUGAUUAAAGCUUGUGUUGAUGCCUCCCGGUUUGAUUUGGUCGAGUCUUUAUAUGCAGAAAUGGAUGAGCGACUGAUAACUCCCAACACCGUGACACAAAACAUAGUACUGAGAGGAUAUGGUAAGGUUGGUAAAUUUGAUCAGAUGGAGAAAGUAUUGUCAGGGAUGUUAGAGAGCAGAACUUGUAAACCUGAUGUGUGGACGAUGAAUACUAUCAUUAGCGUGUUUGGUAGCAUUGGGCAGAUAGACAUGAUGGAAAGAUGGUAUGAGAAGUUUAGAAAUUUCGGGAUUGAGCCGGAGACAAGAACUUUCAAUAUUUUGAUUGGUGCUUAUGGGAGGAAAAGAAGGUAUGACAAAAUGUCAUCCGUAAUGGAAUACAUGCGUAAGCUUCAGUAUCCAUGGACGACAUCAACGUACAACAAUGUGAUUGAGGCUUUCGCGGAGGUGGGGGAUGCCAAACACAUGGAGUACACAUUUAAUCAGAUGCGUGCAGAGGGUAUGAAAGCUGACACUAAGACUUUUUGCUAUCUUAUCAAUGGAUAUGCAAAUGCUGGUAUGUUUCACAAGGUGAUUAACUGUGUUCAAAUGGCUGCAAAAUUUGAGAUACCAGAGAAUACUUCAUUCUAUAAUGCAGUUAUAUCCGCAUGUGCAAAGGCAGAGGAUUUGAUGGAAAUGGAGAGGGUGUAUAAGCGAAUGAAGGAUAUGCACUGCCCACCAGAUUCCACAACUUUCAGUAUUAUGGUGGAGGCAUUUGGGAAGGAAGGAAUGAAUGACAAGAUCUACGACUUGGAGCAGGAAAAACAGAGGUUAAUUAAUGGGUCUAAAACUAAAAGUGAAUAGGAAACUAUAGUGUGUGUAAUCAGGGAAAAGGUAGUUUCUAGUUGGACAAAACAUGGAAGCUGAUUCUUUAACUUGAAAUCAUUGGAUUUCACGGUUCAGAGGUCCUGCCUCUUCUUCUCAAUAUGACAUGAGAAAACUCCAUCUGCUGGCUUAAACUUACAUGUCUUAUUUAUGAUGUGCUGGUAGAAGCUGUAUGGAAACUUGGGUGUACAGUACAGGUUACAAGUGCUAACACAAGAGAAUCAGUCAGUACACAUCUCUAUAAUCUUGGGGGCAUUGUAGUGGUACGUAGAAAUAGACCAUUUCAUUGUUUCAACAAUUUCUGUCAAUACAGUGUGUUAAUUGUGUAAAUGGAUGCCAUCUUUUCUGCAUGCUGUACAUAUGCUUUUAACGCUGC